CAGGUGUCUUCGGUAAAAACCGACGAAGAAGAUGGCAACGAAGAAAAAGAAGAAGAAAAGAUGCUAAAGGAUGCGGAUUGUUGACACUGGCAACGCUCUUCAAUGAGAACUUCGCGCGGACGCAGAAAGUUCUCAAACACCGUGAAAUAUGUCUUUUCUACUCGAUGACACGGCAGUACAUGAACCUGUCAAAGACAUCGGCCACCCUCUCAGAGCAACACCAGAUGCUCACGAUGUGCGGCUGCGUGUGGACGUGUCGCGGGUGUCCAGAAAGGAGCUGGAGGACAACUUCCUGCAGGUGUACGACGACUCGCUGCUUCUCAAGCAGCACAUCCACCAACAGGAGGACAAGAUCAGAAAGCUGGGCACCAAGUUGCUGAGGCUGGUCAAGGACCGCCGUCGCAUGGAGCAGCUGGCCCGGGGGGUCGGCGCUCCGACGGGGCCCAGGCGGCGGGACCCGGAGCAGGAGGACUUGAUGGACGAGUUCCAGGAGAAGGUGCGAGCACUGGAGGCGUACAACGAGAAGCUGAAGCAGCGGUUGUUUGUGGCCCAGCGCCAGCAGAAGCUAGCGGCCUCAUCGUCCUCUGCGCGCGCGGCUCACCUGCGCGUCCAAACGCGCGCCGCCUCCGCCCCCAGGAAGCGUGACGACCCCUCAUCUCCUUCGCCCACGCCGCCCAGACGCGCCAGGAGCGCGGCGGGAGACGAGCGGCCGCCGAGCGGCCCACCGACGGCGUACGUGCACGCUAUGCUGGAAGAAGCGCGAGAAAAGAGCCGCAACCUAGAGAACGUGAUCGAGUCGCAGCAGCGUCGCAUCGCUCAACUGGAGGAAGAGAAACACGUGACGCUUCAGCAGCAGAACAAGUCUGAACUCAGGUCGCAGAUCAACAACAACGUGACCAUGAUCAAACUGCAGAAGCAGCUGGCCGAACGAUGCGGCGCCGUGGUGGAGCUGGAGGAGCGCUUCCUGCAACUAAAGGAGAGUCAGCAGACGCAGAAAGCGUGCUACGAGGCCGCCACGGCCAAGAUGGCCGAGCUGACGUCGCAGCUGAGGGACGAGCGCGCCAAGAACGUGGAGCUCAGGACGCAGCUGCAGACGGAGCAGCUGUCGCACGCCAAGAUGCAGCAGUUGCAGGAGCGUGUGGACGAGGUGGAGCAGGAGAAAGCACUUCUCAAGGAGCACAACGAGAAACUGCUCAACAGCGUGUUGGAUGGCUCCCAGCAGCGCUGUAGCGCUCAGGAGCACCAGCUUCAGCAGCACGUGGCUCAGCUGGAGGAGGCGCUGCAGGCCGACCUGCUGGACAAGAAGGAGAUCCUGGAGCAGGUCAAAGCUGAAAGAGAUGCCUGCCAGAACCUGAGAGAAGAAAAGCGCAAGCUUGAGGCUCAGCUGACCCUUGAGAAGCGGGAGAUGGAGGACCUCAGAUGCCGCCUGGACAUCUUCUGCGGGGCGGACGACUCGGAUGGCGAGAAACUCACAGAGGCGCUGCUGCUCAUCAAGACGCGUAAAUCACAGCAGUGCGGAGAAUUGAGCUUCCUGCAGGAGGGCCAAGAUGGCGGCCCGAAGGAACACGCUCACCGUGGAGACCAUCAAGAACUGGAGAAGGUCAGGCAGCUCCUGGCCGUGGAGAGUCGCAUCAGCGGUGACCUGAAGGUGGAGCUAGACCGGGUCCAGAAGAAAAUGGAGUCUGACAAAAGGUCGCACGCGCAGCAAUUGGAACAUCAGACGCAGAUGUUGGCCGCCAAGGAUGCCAAGUUGCACAAACUGGAAGCUCAGUUGCGUGGCGCGGCCUACGGCGCCAAGAGCGUGGACCCCUCAGACCGGGAUCUGAGUCUGUCGCUGGAACACGGAGAGAACCUCAUGGAAGUUCAGAUCGUGGGCGCCGCCCUGUCCGAGGCCGCCUGGAGGCUUGGCGACCCGGCGCCGUCCACCUUCUGUACGUACGCCUUCUACCUCUUUGACCUGCACGCCACCCCGGUGGCCGCGGGCCCGACGCCGCGCUACGGCUUCACGUCGCGGUACGUGGUGAGCGUGGACCAGGAUUUCCUGGACUAUGUGGGCCGGCGCCGGCUGUGCGUGGAGAUGCAUCAGGCGCUGGGGCUGCGCUGGAAGACGGUGGCCAGCGCCGCUCUGGAUCUGCGCCGCCUCCUCCGGGACGGGGCGGCGGCCGGGACGCUGCCGCUGGUCGGAAAUUGUGGCGCCGACACCUGCUUCGGAUCGUUGGAGUAUUGGAUCAAGCUGCGCAAUCCCAUCGCUGAGUCCAAGAGGCUGGCGGUGGUCGGCGACCGUGACCGACAUAUGGCGUCCGCUGCAGAGAAGGAACUGCAGGUGGAAGUGCGCGGCUGCAGCGGUCUGCGCUCCCGAUGCUCGUCGCUGCCCAGCCCUUACGUGGUCUACAAGUUUUUCCACUUCCCCGACUACCCCACCUCUACGGCGCACGACUGCCGGCAGCCUCGCUUCGCCGACGUCAAGUCCUUCCGGGUGGCCGCCGACGGCGCUCUGGAAUGCUACCUGGCCUCCCAGACGCUCGGCUUCUACGUGUUCGACGACAAGGAGCCGCAGAUGGACGAGUAUUUGGGCAAAGCUGGUGUUCCUCUGGCGCCGCUGCUUCAGGAUCAGGAGAUCACAGGCACCUUUGACCUCCACGACACCUCCGGGCACCACGCCGGCCAUAUUGACCUCGCCCUCAAGUGGAAGAUGCCCUCUGUCCAAAGCGACAAUGUUCUCCCGCCGGCGGAGGUCGGUGGAGGCCGCGCGUUGUCCGAAAGCCACGCAGAGCCCUCAAAGCUCGGCGGCGACAGCAGCGGCUACGUCUUUGACCCGAAAGCGCCAACGCCCCCGCCGACCCCGACGUCCGCCAAGAAGCUUCCCGGCAAAGAAGAGCAGGUGACCAAGAAAGUCACCUUCCGAGAAGCACCGCCCCCUGACCUGCGGGCGCCGCCCGGCGGGCCGCUCCGCCCGUCCGAGGAAGACGAGGAUGGCGAAGAGUCUUUGAUCUCUGAAGGUCAAGUUUUCCUACCAUGCCGGACCUUCACCUCUGACCUCGGUGACACGCAACACCCGUUUCCAUCUAAGACGGCGUGCGAACACAACGCCGCUUCGUGCGCUCCAUACGACAGCGAUGAGGACGACGGCAUCGUUCUUCGCCGGGUCACUCAGGACUUUCAGCGAGUGCGGGUGGAGGUCACGUGUCUCAGCCUGGAGGCGGAGUCCCGCUUGUGUCGAGACAUCAACGUGGUGCGACUCUUUGUGGAGUUCUCCUUCCUCGACAUGCCCACCGAGGAAACGCCCGUGUCCCUGCCCAAACCUCCUCCGGGGAAGAGCAUCAGCUUCAACUUCAGCAAAGUCAUCGGCGUGGGCGCGGCCGGCGACGCUUCGAGACGCAAACUCCUCAAGGACGUCCUGCGAGGAGAAAACGCCAACAUGGAGAGAAUUCGUUUCACCGUGGUGAGCGAGCCGCCGGAGGAGGAGGAGCAAGAGCGCGAGUGCGAGGAUGUGGGCGUGGCCUUCUUGAAAAUUCCCGACCUGCUGAACCAACCCGACGACGUCGUCCACCUCAACCUCCAAGUUGUGGAUGCGCAGGACGGCGUGUCCCGGCUGGGGAGUCUGCGGGUUUCGUUUGAGGGAGUGCACACGCUGCGCGCCAUCUUGGACGAGCCGCACGUCGCCCCGUCACGAUGACGUCUGAGGCUCCCGACGGCGGUCACGUGACAGGCUAACGUGUUAGCGACUGAGUAGGCAGUAAGCGUGAAGAAGGAACUCCAUUUUACCAACUGGUCUUGGUCUCAUGUGCUCCUGGUCCGCCGGUUCUUGGGAGUCCCGAGCCAUGUGAGCUGCUGAAAAAAUUUCGUGUCGUUUGCUCCUUUUACUUCUGUCCUGUUUUUAUCCAAAAUAAACACAUUUUAGUAUUCUC